UCCGCCCCUCCAGGUGCGGGAAGUCUGAAGCAGGCAAACAUGGCCGCCGCCCACUGCUUCGGCCGGGCCUCGACUGCCCUGGCAGCGUUGUUGCUCUUGUCCUUCGGCAGCUUUGCAGCUAGUCAAAUCGAGGAUCAAGCAGAACAAUUCUUUAGAAGUGGCCAUACAAACAACUGGGCCGUUUUGGUGUGUACAUCCCGAUUCUGGUUUAACUAUCGACAUGUUGCAAAUACUCUUUCUGUUUAUAGAAGUGUCAAGAGGCUAGGUAUUCCGGACAGUCACAUUGUCCUAAUGCUUGCAGAUGAUAUGGCAUGCAAUCCUAGAAAUCCCAAACCAGCUACAGUGUUUAGUCACAAGAAUAUGGAACUAAAUGUAUACGGAGAUGAUGUGGAAGUGGAUUACAGAAGCUAUGAGGUAACUGUGGAGAACUUUUUACGGGUAUUAACUGGCAGGAUCCCACCUAGUACUCCUCGGUCAAAACGUCUUCUUUCUGAUGACAGAAGCAAUAUUCUUAUUUAUAUGACAGGACAUGGUGGAAAUGGUUUCUUGAAAUUUCAAGAUUCUGAAGAAAUUACCAACAUAGAACUUGCAGAUGCUUUUGAACAAAUGUGGCAGAAAAGACGGUACAAUGAGCUACUGUUUAUUAUUGAUACUUGUCAAGGGGCAUCCAUGUAUGAACGAUUUUAUUCUCCUAACAUAAUGGCUCUAGCGAGUAGCCAAGUGGGAGAAGAUUCACUCUCGCAUCAACCUGAUCCUGCCAUUGGAGUCCAUCUUAUGGAUAGAUACACAUUUUAUGUCUUGGAAUUUUUGGAAGAAAUUAAUCCAGCUAGCCAAACUAAUAUGAAUGACCUUUUUCAGGUAUGUCCUAAAAGUUUGUGUGUAUCUACUCCUGGACAUCGCACUGAUCUUUUUCAGAGGGAUCCUAAAAAUGUCCUGAUAACUGAUUUCUUUGGAAGUGUACGGAAAGUAGAAAUUACAACAGAGACUAUUAGUUUACAACAGUAUUCAGAAAUGGAAAGCAGCUAUAAGGAAGAUCAGAUGGAUGAGGAACUAAUGGAACCUCUGAAAUAUGCUGAACAACUUCCUGUAGCUCAGAUAAUACACCAGAAACCGAAGCUGAAAGAUUGGCAUCCUCCUGGGGGCUUUAUUCUGGGAUUGUGGGCACUCAUUAUCAUGGUUUUCUUCAAAACUUACGGAAUCAAGCAUAUGAAGUUCAUUUUUUAGACUUGAUGUAUGAAGAAGAAUGCAUGGAAAACUGCAGCCUUGGAUAAAAAUUUAUGUUAUUAUAUGUUUUAAACAUGCUUUGCUCUACGUGAGUUGGAAAAAAGUAUAAGGAGGUUAAAUUUGAACAAACUAUUGAUUUUAUAACUUAAAAAUAAUUAUUAAUGUAAUUGCUUAAUGGCACUAAAUAUAUUUCAGGUUUUCAUUUUGUAUGUCAUAAAAACAAAUGGUACAAUGAGAAUAUAUAUACUGAUUGAUUCUUUUUUGAAAUCACACUUUCUUUUAUCUCCUUUUCAUUUGGAGAAGAAAAAAUUCUGAAGACAUUAAAUUCUCACUAACAGA